AUGUUAUCCAAACAGCAGAAACGACCACAGCUGCAAGUCCCAGUUCCCAACUUCCCACUGUCCUCGCCGAUCAGCGAGGAGAUCUCAAGUCCGUCGUGCUCCUCGGCCGAAGAUCAAGAUGAACAGAACCGACCCUUUGCCUUCCUCUCCAAGGCCACGAGGCUAAAGAUCGAGGCACAGACGGCACAGCGAGAAAGUCGACGGGAGUCAUCCAAGUUGAAUUUCCGAGGCAUCACGAAGAACCGUAAGAGCGUCGCUAAGCCCGUCGGCCUAAAUCUCGUCACGGACUUCACAUUGGCUCCAGUGCCAGCGCAAAAGAAGCAUAUCGUUGCUAAUGUGGACGGAACGGCACCGUUUGUUGAUUUGAACGACUUGAAGCUUCUGUCGAAAGUGCGAGAAAAGGAACGAUCAACACAGAGAUCAAAGUUUACAUACAAAAAGAAACCAUCACGCGGAUUCCAGGCCUUGCCAGAGGACACCCAUCAUUUCCAGAAUGAAACAGGAAACCGCAAUCCAUAUCUGAACCCUGAGGAAGAUCCCUUCCAUGAUAGACACGAACAUGGACUCUCGCCAUCAGAUCGCAACGUGAUGAUAGGACUCACUGUACCGCAUGGCGAGUCUAUCGAGCGGUCUAGGGAAGCCGAUGGCUCAGGAACACCACUCACGCCUUCAAUACUCAUCACACCAGCCAACGAAGAGGCACUCUGGAAUUCACAUAUGAACACAAGCACUGAGAUGCUUCGUCCAAGAGUGGCUUCCAGCGUUUACUCCCAGCCCACACCUCGACUCUGGCAAUUCGAUGCCGACGUUCCACCAGUGCCAGCUAUUCCAGCCCAGCACUCGGGAGUAAAGGGCAGCCAUGAUGGACAAAAGGCAUUGAACGUGGAAACUCGACACCAGCGUCCAGUAUCAAUUGAUACUUGGGAAGAUGUCAGCCUACCCCCAACGCCGAGAAAGAAAAGCCACACACUCUCAGUAAUCACCGACCCCGACGCUGAUAGGCCCCAAUCUCAAGGCUGGUGGACAUAUCUUCUUUCACCGCUGCUUAGCCGCUCAAUCAAGUCUCCUCUCAGCCCAUCUUCUCCUCGGGACUCACCAACUACCCCAUCGACAUCAGCUACACCAGCACGGUCAGCCCUGAAAGACUGGCCCAGCCGGGAAAAGGAAAUAUCGUGUUUCUCACCAGACACCCCGGCAACACCAGGCCCCAUUGGCGAAAAUGGACGUACAGCCGAGUGGCGUGAACGGGGGAAAGAGAUCUCAUGCUUUUCUCCAGACACACCUGAGACAGCGGCCCCGAUGGAUGAGAAGGCAUUUGAAUUUGCUAGGUCAAUGGAAGCGGAGAAGUAUGAGCGAAGCCAGCCUCAAGAGCGACAACAGUCUCCGCCACCAGCCUAUGUUUCGAAUGUCUCGAGCAGGCAAAAUACCAUGUCUUUUAUGUUCAGCAACGGCCAAACAAUAGAGGGUGAGGCUGCUGAGUACUACCAGGCAUGUGCGCAUGAGCUGUUUAGCAGAACACCAUACUUUCAAUGUUGCAAUCACGUCUGCUCAUUAACCCCUGCCAAUGUGACCAUUCCUCCCGGGGCUGACGGUAAUCGGAACGUGGCAUUUGCUGCUGUGGACUCCUCUAAUAUCUACGAUGGACUGCAUGGGCUCGAAGAACCACGUGGGAGUCCUAAUGCCCCAGUUACAGAUUUGACAACUUCGACUAAGAAUGCUGGACUGCUUAUUGAUAUCGACUCGCCACGUCCUGCAAGCAUUGCCCCUACAACAGCUCCAUCCGGAUACGCAGCUCAUACGAAAGAGGUCCAGGCCAAGUCCCCCGCGUCUGAUACAAGUGGUGAUUCUUGGGAUGCCUCCGUUGCCAGUGAUAAUGGAAAGAGUUCCGUACCACCACCGAUCUCUAGAAAGCCUGUUCCAGAGCCUCAACCCCAGCCUGCUGCGCCAGCCCUAGGUCCUGAUUCGACUGAAACGAGUGAACGAGGGGUUCCAGAACAGCCUGUACCGGCUCCGGCUGCUAUUCCGAUGCCAGAGCCCACCCCAGCGCCCACAGCUCCGCUUCCCAUGCCCGAGCCCGCCCCAGCUCCCCCGCAGAUCAUCACCAAUUUUUCGCCCCCGGUCACGAAUGUGCAUUAUCCACCGCACCCAGAGCAGCAGGCACAGCCCCAGCUACAGCCAAUAAUAGUUCCACAAUAUGUUCCCAUGUUCCCUCCAACUCAGCCUGGUCAACCAACAGAGCCAUUCGUACAGGCUCCGGUGAUACAAGAGCAACCACAAGAAGAGACCAGGGAGGUUCCAGACGCACCCCUACAUCCUCAGGGUCCACCAAUUGCUACCCCCAGAUCGGAGUGGCCAUGGGGGCAGGGACAACCACAACAGCAGCCGCAACCUCAAGCACAGCCUCAACAGCCCGAUCAUCAGCAAUUGUUCAAGGACUUUGAGUGGGCUUAUGAUCAAAAUGAACCACAAAAGGCUGCUGUCAGUACCCAAGUUCCAUCUCCAUCUGCUCGGGCCCCUCAGGAACCAGCUGCUGCUCAGCAUAUAGGGCGAAUGCCCAGUCAGCGAACAAAUCAUUUGCAAGGACCACUUGUCAUUCAGGGACGGCAAUCGGGAUCUGGAUGGCCGUUUGCGCAAAAUGCACACCCUCAUUCUAAUGCGCCACCUGUGCCCCCGUUGCCUACAACAAUACCUGGCGAAUCUGAGAUGCAGAAUCAACAAAGACAACAGCCCGGGGCCUCUCCGGCUCAAGAUCAAGCAACCACAUCUGACUCACUCCAUGGAGAGCGAGCACUGCCUGCAGUGACUGAAUUGAGUCCUAUUCACGGACAGUCGCGAGAUGCUGAGCCCAUAUCACCAGGAUUUCAGCGUGCAGCUGGAGGCCCAGGCUCCAUCCCUAUGGCUGAUAUGCCAGCACCAGCUCCGGCAUACACCCAAUUUGCUCGCAGGAGUACAGGCCCGCCAAAUUACGGCCUUCAUCCGCCGUAUCAAUCCAACUAUGUUGAGAAUGCGACGAUCGUGAACCCUGGAGGAGCCAUUGGGCCACACGAGGCUCGUCGCCGCAGACUCGAGGAUGAGGAUAACAUUGGACGAAAAGCCUGUGGCCUGCGUGCGUUAUUCAAGCAGAAGAACGGACGCGCCGGGCGUGAGGGUCGAACCCGACGAAGGUGGUAUCUUUUUAUUUGUCUCUUCUUCUUCACAAUUGUGAUGAUUGCCAUUAUUUUGGCGGUCACGUUGACAAGAAAGGGAACUUCGACCCCUGUUCAAUCUCAGUGGCUCAAUCUCACGGGCUAUCCACCAAUGCCAACAGGUGUUUCAACCAUCGCCGGCACGGAGCCUCAACUUGAGAAGUCUACGUGUAUAAGCCCAUCCUCGAUGUGGAGCUGUGCCCUUCCCAAGAGUCAACACGAAUCCAAUGAGCCAUACGAUGCAAACCAGCCCAAUUUCCGUGUAUCUAUUCUCUUCCGCAAUGGCACAUACGGCAACAGUACCACUGUAUCAAGCUCUGCCAAUACCCGGCGCAUGAAGAGAAACGAUCAAUUUAAUCCCUCGCCUGCUGCACCUGGCGAUUCGGAUCAAGCCUUCAUGGGCCAAUACACGGACAACAACACUGCUCCCUACGCUGGCGAGGAAACCCCCUUCUACAUGUCGAUGCUCUCACCCGUCUCCCUCUCGUCAACAAAUAUCUACCGCCGCUCCGUCGACUCCAAUGGCACAUCGUAUCCCAACAUUUCAGCGAUAAUCCCCGCGCCGGACGAGAACUCCGACGGCUCAGCUGCCGCCGCAAUGCUCUACCCACUGCCCUCGGCCCAGCCAGUCCGUCUAUACAACCGAGGCCAGUCAAACGAGCACUAUGGCUUUUACACAUACUUUGACAAGUCAAUAUUCCUCACCUCACAAGACAAGAGCGUAUCGGCGGAUAGCAACGGCGGUACAACCAAAGAAAAAGCAAACUACCGCUGCACCUGGUCCCAAACACGAUUCCUAGUCCAGAUCUGGACGCAAGCCGAGAAAAUGAAUCGCCGAUUGCUUCCUUACAGUAAUGUCACGGCAACGAGUACUUCCUCUGCGUCAACACCGACAUCAACAAGUACCACGCCGACAUCAUCAUCUUCUGCAACGGACUUUUCUCGCCCGGGAUCAUUCCCAUACCCAGUUACCAUCACUGUUGAUCGACAUGGUGGUGCCGAGAAAAAGAAAAUGUUGUAUUGUUACCCUCUUCAGGAUGAUGGGCACUACAAUAUCACAGCUGUGCAGCUCCAGCUUGAGGACCGGGGUAUUGGUGGCGAGUUGGUGAAUCCUGCCACGGGCCUUUUCAAGGGUCUGAGUGGAACUAAGAACUCGACGGUUGAAGAUUACGGGGGUGUCGAUGGAGGGUCUGGAGGUUGUGGGUGCCAGUGGGCGAAUUGGAUAUCUACUGUGUAG